AUGGCUAGGCCGACGACGACGACGAAUCCGUCCGUCGACGGGCUUCAACCUGCCAACACCAGGCCCGCGGCGGCGGCGACGAGUGCUCAGCAUUGGGCGCAGUUCUCCGACUUGCCUCACGCCAUCCCAUCCGAGAUCCUCAACACGCGGCCACUGGCGUCGCCGUCGGAUCCUUCUCGGUCGGUCCCACCCCUGCCCGAGGCCUUGGUCGUGGCCCCCGACCUUCCCACGCGCCAGGGCAUCCCGACCGCCACCGCAUCCGCCUCCCCUUUCCCUUCCCGGACACCGACGGCGCAGUCGAGGCAGUCGAACGAGUCCAAAGACACCAAGGCGGGAACGAGCGGGGCCAACGUCGGCGACGGCAUCGCGGCCGGCAGCGAGUCGAGCGAACUAAGCCGUGCGGUCGAUGUCAUCGUCAUCCUGGGCGGCUGUCUCGGCUUCGUCCUUUUGAUCCUCGCCGCUGCCUAUCUCUGCCAUCGCCGACGUCGACAAAAGAAGCGGCGCAUCAUGGACUCCGAGAAAGCGGCUCCGCCGCCAGAGGAAGUGGCGGCAUCGCACCAGACGUGGCCUCGAACGCAAUCGAGCAUCCUCGAUGAUGUCAUGACCGCCGCCUACUCGGACAACCCGAGCCGGCCGUGGCUCGAAGCACGAGCCGUCCCCGAGCCGACGCAGGCCCGUUCGCACCUCCACCCGCAGCCCCCUUCCGACGGCCGUUCUGGGAGGAUGGCAUCUGUCCACCUCGCUCCCGAUCGACUGAGCAUAUACCCCUCCGGUCAGGUCCCUCUCCAUCGGCUCCGCAAGCUGUCGGUGGCAUCGACGGCCAUGACGGACGCCACCGCCUCCUCGUGGCGUACCUGGCAGGUCGAUCAAGGGCAGGCGAGCCGUAAGAAGGGUUGGAAGCAGACCAUCUUCCGCUGA